AGGAGCGAGGGCUGAACCAGGACAAGGUGUUCUGCUUCGUCCAUCUGAGUGUUCAGGAGUUUCUGGCUGCUCUUCAUGUUCAUCUGACCUUCAUCAACUCUGGUGUCAACCUGAUGGAAGAAACACAGAAUUUCUUCUGGAUGUGGUGGUUCUUUUUCUUUAAGAAAAAGGUUGAUCCAGGACGCUUUUAUCAGAGUGCGGUAAACAAGGCCCUACAGUUUCCAAACGGAAACCUGGACUUGUUCCUCCGCUUCCUCCUGGGACUUUCUCUGCAGAGCAAUCAGAGUCUGCUACAACAUCUGAUGUCACAGAGAGGAACUGACAUACAGACCAACCAACAUACAGUUAAAUACAUCAAGGACAAGAUCAAUGAUGAUCUUACAGUGGAGAAAAGCAUCAAUCUGUUCCACUGCCUGAAUGAACUGAACGAUCGUUCUCUAGAGGAGGAGAUCCAACAGUCCCUGAGUUCAGGAAGUCUCUCCACAGAUGAACUGUCUCCUGCUCAGUGGUCAGCUCUGAUCUUCAUCUUACUGUCUUCAGAGAAAGAUCUGGAUGUGUUUGACCUAAAGAAAUACUCAGCUUCAGAGGAGGUUCUCCUGAAGCUGCUGCCAAUCAUCAAAGUUUCCAACAAAGCUCUACUGAGUGGAUGUAACCUCUCUGAUAAAAGCUGCAAAUCUUUGGCUUCAGCUCUCAGCUCCCAGUCCUGCAGUCUCAGAGAACUGGACCUGAGUAACAACGACCUGCAGGAUUCAGGAGUGAAGCUGCUCUGUGCUGGACUGGAGAGUCCAAACUGCAAACUGGAGGUUCUCAGUCUAUCAGGCUUCCUGAUCGCAGAGGAAGGCUGUAAUUCUCUGGCCUCAGCACUGAGCUCCAACCCCUCCCAUCUAAAAGUGUUGGACCUGAGCUACAAUCAUCUCGGAAAAUCAGGAUUUGUGCUGGAGCAUGAACUCUGGAAACCUGAAUCUCUCAGGGUUUCACCUGAUGGAGAUCGGUGGUUGGUACCAGGUCUGAGGAAGUAUUCCUGUCAGCUCACCAUCGACACUAACACGGUGAACAGCAAACUCAGGCUGUCUGAUGACAACAGGAAGGUGACGCGUGUGGAACAGGAACAGUCGUAUCCUGAUCAUCCGGACAGAUUUGAUGUUUGGCCACAAUUAUUGUGUCAGAAUGAGCUGACUGGUCGCUGUUACUGGGAGGUUGAGUGUAAAGGAGAGGUUGACGUCUCUGUCAGUUACAGAAGAAUCAGAAAGAAGGGAAGUGUUGAUGACGUUGUGUUUGCAGUGAAUGAUCACUCCUGGAGUCUCAAGUGUUGCAGUGAUGGUAGCUACUUUUCCUGUCACAAUAAGAAGAAAACACCCAUUUCCUCCUCGUCUCUCUCCUCCUCCUCCUCCUCUCAUUUAUCCCCCUCUUCUUACUUCUUCUCCUCUCCGUCAGCCUCCUCUGUCUCGGCCAGAGUGGCGGUGUAUGUGGACCGUCCGGCCGGCGUUCUGUCCUUCUACAGGGUUUCCUCUGACAACGUGACCCACCUCCACACCUUCACCACCACAUUCACUGAACCUCUUUACGCUGGAUGUGGGAUGUGGUCUGAGUUCUCAGAGUUUCGGUGCUGAGUAAACCAUCUUCACUCCUCUCCCUCUUUUCUUUUUUCCUGCUUCUUGUCUAACAUCAGUAAAAUCAGCAUGUUGUGUUUGCUGCACACAAACCUCCAAUAAUCCCCUGAAUCAAAUUGUGCUAAUGGGAGAAACAUGCACCAGUCUGUCAGCUCAGAAAAGGUUUCAGAGUUUAAUUUGAGUAACAGGAACCUGUCUGCAGUGACUCCACCGGGUCGUCUGUCCAUGACGGGGAGGUUUGAUUAAAGUAUAACGUACAUCAGCUCCUCAGCCUAAACCUCUGAGGAGGAUUACUUAUAACAGCUCUCACCAGUAAACUGUUAUUAUUGGAAAUGUUGCUGUUUUUAUUUUUC